AUGCGCUGGCUUCAAGCUCUUGUGCUUUUGCCUUCGAUUGUUUCCGCGACUUUGAAUUUGCAGCAAUAUCGUCCUGCUGCUGCUCGAAAGCUGUUUCCGGAACGAGCGGAAGCGAAGCCACAACGUGUUUCCACCAAGGCUCAGACGCAACCAAAAUUUCUCACGGAUAAGACUCGAAAAUAUGUAGUGAAUGGAACCAACAUUCCUAACGUGGACUUCGACGUCGGCGAGUCCUACGCUGGUCUACUCCCCAUCCACGCGAACAACGACACUAGCGAGAAACUCUACUUUUGGUUCUUCCCCUCCGAGAACCAGCAGACCGAGAAAGAGAUUUUGAUCUGGCUCACUGGCGGUCCGGGCUGCUCCUCGACCGGCGAACUGCUUUCGGAAAAUGGCCCUAUGCUCUGGCAGCCAGGAAUGUUCAAGCCUGUCAAGAACAGAUGGAGUUGGCACAGGAUCACGAACGUCGUCUGGAUUGACCAGCCUGUCGGCACGGGGUUUUCAACGGGCGCUCCGACUGCGAAGGACGAAUUCGAUGUGGCACGACAAUUCCUCAGCUUCUGGCGCAACUUCAUUGACACAUUCGACAUGAAGGGCUUCAAGGUGUAUGUCACAGGAUCCUCCUACAGCGGCAUGUACUGCCCGUACAUUGCUAGCGCGAUGAUCGAUUCGAACGACAAGGAUUACUUCAACGUGGGCGGUAUGCAGAUCUUCGAUGGAACAUACUCCCUUGACAGCAUAGGAGAGGAGAUUCCGGCCCUUUCCUUCGCUGAUCGAUGGGAGCAUGUCUUCGCUUUCAACGACACGUUUCGGAAGACCUUGGUCGACGUAAAUGAGAAAUGCGGGUAUGCAGAGUACAUGAGAAAGUAUCUCGUCUUCCCACCUUCGGGCCCGCAACCCGCUGUGCCACCUGGCGUCGACAUGAACGGCGAAGUCAAGAAGGAGUGCGACAUCUGGACGAUGAUCGGAGAAGCUGCGGAACAGCUGAAUCCUUGCUUCAGCGUUUACACAAUUACCGAAGGUUGCCCGCUCAAAUUCGAUCCUCUGGGUUUCAGCGACGGUUCCAUGUACAGACCGAAGGGCGCGGGACCGGUAUACUUCAACCGCGAGGACGUGAAGAGGGCCAUAAAUGCUCCUGUCGAUAAGGAGUGGAAGUUCUGCACCGAUACCAACGUUUUCUUCAAUGGGACAGACAACUCAGUAAUGGACGGCCCGGGAAGUCAGCCUGUUCUCCCCAACGUCAUCGACAAGACUCGGAAUGUCAUCCUCGCCCAUGGAACCCGCGAUUAUGUGCUCAUCGACGACGGUACCUUGUUGACGAUUCAGAACCUGACUUGGGGUGGACAGAUGGGGUUCCAGUCCAAACCGUCAUCGCCGCUCUACAUACCGUACCAUUCCAAUGACAACCCCGAAGCCUACGCUGGUGCUGGUGUCAUGGGCACAGUUCAUUCGGAACGAGGGCUUACGUACCUUGCUGUCGCACAUUCCGGACACUUUGUUGCUAUGGACACUCCUUCACUUGCCUUCCGCAGCGUUGAGGUCUUGGUUGGACGGAGGGAUGGAUUUGAAUCAACAAGGCCAUUCACCAUCGACCAGAACGCGUCUAUGCCUGUUGGAGACAUCGGCAAUGGUACCAUCAUGAUGUUCCCGCAGUCUAUGGAGCCAGGUCGUGAAGUCUUGUCGAACCAAGGUUCUCCCAAGAAUAGCAGCGGUGUCGCAAUGGGAGGAGACAAUGAUCAGGCGGCGCUUGCGAUCGGGGUCGCAGCUUUUGCAGCUCUGCUAUUGGGCAUCUAA